GCCGGACCAUUUAUGGAUAUAUUGGCAGCCAUCUCAGGCUUCGUGAAAGCGAUUGCGGAGCGAAAUAUAGGGGCGGUGCUCAGUACAAAUCUGGGCCCAAUUCCCAGAUCGUUCUCUCUUUAGUUGCCUUCGACACUCAUACUCAAUUCGAGGUCCCAAGAAUGCGUUUCUCACUACUUGCUAGUUCGACGCUCACAGCAUCCUGCGCUCUAGGCGCAGGCAUCUUACGCUUCGGGUGUUCCCAGAUUACGAUCGAGCGGCUUGAUCCACUGGUCGAGCCCGGGGCAAAUCCGAGUGCCCACCUCCAUCAGGUUGUCGGAGGGAACGCGUUCAAGGCGAGCAUCGAGCGUACUGAUGUCUCGAAGCUGGCCGACUGUACCACAUGCAGCUUCAGCGAGGACCUCUCCAACUACUGGACCGCGAACCUGUUCUUCCGCGCUCGGAACGGGACUUUCAAGCGUGUCCCGCAGAUGCCCAACAGAUUCCUGGACGGCUCGGUUGGCGGCGUGACCGUCUACUACUUCCCCCAGGACCUCCGCACCAGGGUCACGACGUUCAAGCCGGGUUUCCGCAUGCUUGUCGGCGACGCCACGUUGCGGACAAAAGAGGGACAGUCGCCCCGGAACUGCUACCGUUGCUUCACCGGGCCCAACUUCGAGGGCGACAACCUCGCACCGUGCGCGGACCCGAAGCUCGAUACGCCGGGGCUACCGUCGACGCCGUGCCCCGGAGGCAUCCGUUCCAAUAUUCACUUCCCGACCUGCUGGGACGGGGAAAACUUGGACACGCCUAACCACAAAGACCACGUCGCCUGGCCCCCGGGCAACGCAUACCAAUGCCCAUCGACGCAUCCGGUCAAGAUCCCACAGGUGAUGCUCGAAGUGGUGUGGGACACGCGCGAGUUCAACAACCCGGACGAGUGGCCGGAAGACGGCUCUCAGCCCUUCGUGUUAAGCACUGGCGAUCCGACGGGAUAUAGCCAACACGGGGACUACGUGUUCGGCUGGAAGGGUGACGCGCUCCAGAGAGCGAUGGAUUCCAACGACUGCUUCGCUGCCAACUGUCCGACGCUAGAGACGCAGUCUUUCGAAGUGGCCAACAAGUGCGCGAUCCCGCGCACAGUAGACGAGCCCGUUGACGGAUGGCUUGAUUCUCUACCGGGGAUGAGUAUGUAGUUAUGGCGUGUUAGGUACAGCGUAUGGACGGACCCAUGGAGGGAGGGAAGACCGGGGGGGGGGGGAAUGGUUCGUGUUGCUGGGCGUUUCCCUGGCCGCUUACUGGUCAUGGCUGCUUAAAAUGGCAUCGUCGAUAGUAGUAGACACAACCAGUAAGCCGUACCAAGUAAACCACCGCCAUGCCGAGUGAUCUUCAUGGUUAGGUUUCAAGUGUCGGGAGAUCGAGCGCCAUGCU